GAAGUGUCCCUGGACCAAACCAGCUCGGCGGGCACUUCCGGGACAGGCGACGAGGGUUCCGGGAGGGUUCUGGGAGGAGAGGGAGAGGCGGCGGCGGCGGCGGCGGCGGAGGCUGGAGAAUGAAGAAGGAGCAUGUGCUGCACUGUCAGUUCUCCGCGUGGUAUCCACUGUUCCGAAGCCUUACCAUCAAGAGUGUCAUUCUUCCGCUUCCUCAGAAUGUGAAGGAUUAUUUACUAGAUGAUGGAACGCUGGUGGUUUCAGGAAGGGAAGAUCCGCCAGCACGUUCUCAGCCAGACAGUGAUGAUGAAGCAGAAGAAAUACAGUGGUCGGACGACGAGAACACAGCCACGCUUACGGCACCAGAAUUUCCCGAGUUCACCACUAAAGUCCAAGAAGCUAUCAAUUCCCUGGGGGGCAGUGUGUUUCCUAAGCUUAACUGGAGUGCCCCAAGGGAUGCAUACUGGAUAGCGAUGAACAGCUCUCUGAAAUGUAAAACCCUCAGCGACAUCUUUCUGCUCUUCAAGAGUUCCGAUUUCAUCACUCGUGACUUCACCCAACCAUUUAUUCAUUGUACGGAUGAUUCUCCAGACCCGUGUAUGGAAUAUGAGCUCGUUCUUCGAAAAUGGUGUGAAUUAAUUCCUGGGGCUGAGUUCCGAUGUUUCGUCAAGGAAAAUAAGCUUAUUGGUAUUUCUCAGAGGGACUACACACAAUAUUAUGAUCAUAUUUCUAAGCAAAAGGAAGAGAUUUGCAGAUGCAUACAAGACUUCUUCAAGAAACACAUACAGUAUAAAUUCUUAGAUGAAGACUUUGUGUUCGAUAUAUACAGAGACAGUAGGGGGAAGGUGUGGCUGAUUGAUUUUAACCCAUUUGGUGAAGUCACGGAUGCACUGCUGUUUACUUGGGAGGAGCUGUUAUCUGGGAGAAGCGUCAGAGGUGACUUGAGUGAAGGCGAAGCUCCGGAGCAGGAUGCUCCAACCUUCCGCUGCACCAACAGCGAAGUCACAGUGCAGCCGAGUCCCUACCUGAGCUACCGGCUGCCCAAGGACUUCGUGGACCUCUCAACGGGGGAGGACGCCCACAAGCUCAUCGAUUUCCUGAAACUGAAGAGAAAUCAGCAAGAGGAUGACUGAUGAGUGUGCUAGCGUGCAAGGCCGAGUUCCAGAGGAAACCACCGCUGCUGCUUCGGGAGGCCACGCAGAGUCCACAGCCUCCUAUUAACCCGGUUGGGGGUGGGGGGGCGCGGCGGGAAAUCAGUAGCUUUUUAUAUUCAUGUAUAAAGCGGGGGGAGAAGGAGGGACUUUGCUACUUGUACAAAUAACGUAAUAAAGAGAUCUUAAACAUAGGAAGCCAUCCUCUCCCCAUGAUCAGAUACUUU